ACAAGGCCUUGACCCUGUAAUGUACUGUGUAGGGGCAGCUUUAUUUUAAAAUUUUGAUUUUUGUCUUAACUACGCCUGAGUUCACGUGACAAGUUGUUCCCUCCCCCCAAAGACUCCAACAACCCAGGCAAUUCAUAGCUUAGGGACUAGAAACCAGAUUCCCCUUUGAGUACUGAUGACCCCUCUCACUUGCAACUGCAAUUGCAAACUCUGCCCUUCUCCCAUUUUCCCUUGAUGCCUUCACCUUCACCACCAUCCAUCUCCUUACUAUUAUUAACCACCAUCUUCUUCAUCUCCUUUGAGUGGGUGGUGACAGAAGCAGCCACUCUACCUCAUCAUCCAUGUUCCUCUACAUCCCCAUGCCCACCUUUCACUUCACCACCCCCUUUCCCUUUCUCUUUCUCUGCUGGGUGUGGUCACCCUUCUUUCCCCAUCAAUUGCUCCACUCCUUCCUCCACCAUCUCCAUUAACAACCUCUCUUUUUCUUUACUCUACUUCGAUCCCAACUCCACUUCCCUCACUCUCUCUCCUUUGCCCCCUACUACCACUUCCCCUUGCUCUUCUUUCAAUUUCCUUCACAUCAAUCUCUCUGGUUCCCCUUUUCGAAUCUCCGAUGCUUCUUGCUCUAGAUUAUCCAUCCUCCGUUCUUGUUCCCCUUCAAAUCUCUCUAACUGCGACCAAUGUGCCUGGGAAUGUGGCAUCAUCAAACACCCACUCAAACUCUUCCCUGACUGCGGACCAACCCGCCAACUUCCUGAGCAAGGCUGCCAACCUGAUGUCCUGGGUUACCUCCAAAAUUUCUUCUUUAAAAUGGGUUUUCAAGUUGAAUGGGACGAAGCUCAAGACUCUUACUUCUCUAGCUGCCGAGACUGUAAAUUGAAGAACGGCAUUUGCGGCUUCAAUUCCUCCGACCCAAACAAACCGUUCCUUUGUUUCCAAGCCAAAGCCACCAUUUCCCCUACUUUGAUUCACGUAGAUCACACUCAUAGAAUCGCAAUCUUAUCCUCUGUCCUCACAUUAACUUGCAUUUUCCUUAUUUUUUCAGUAACCUUUGUUUUUUUCCGAUCAAAGAAAUUCAAAUCUCAAUCCGUAGAAGACCCCACUGCUUUGUUCCUGCGGCGUCACCGUUCUGCCAGUCUCCUCCCUCCCGUUUUCACCUACGAAGAACUCGAAUCUUCCACCAAUAAAUUCGACCCAGAACGCAAAAUCGGUGACGGCGGCUUUGGGUCAGUCUACUUGGGCCAACUCCACGACAACCGGAUAGUAGCAGUUAAAUACCUUCACAAAAACAACCAGUCAGGCAACGCUUUAUCAUCCAAAUUUUUCUGCAACGAAAUUUUGAUUCUUUCGUCAAUAAAUCACCCAAAUCUCGUUAAACUUCACGGUUAUUGCAGCGACCCCAGAGGGUUACUUUUGGUUUACGACUAUGUUCCUAAUGGGACCCUAGCCGACCACCUUCACGGCCGUCCAAAACCCUCACUUAGUUGGCCAGUGAGGCUCGAAAUCGCUUUGCAAACGGCUCUAGCUAUUGAGUACUUGCAUUUCUCUGUGGUGCCACCCAUUGUUCAUCGAGAUGUUACGACAUCAAAUAUUUUCGUCGAAAAAGAUAUGAGGAUUAAAGUUGGUGAUUUUGGGCUAUCCAGGCUUUUGGCUUUCCCUGAAAACUCGUCUUUGAAAUCGGAAUUUGUUUGGACCGGGCCUCAGGGAACACCCGGGUAUUUGGAUCCGGAUUACCACCGGUCGUUCCGGCUAACAGAGAAAAGCGACGUUUACAGCUUCGGCGUCGUGUUACUAGAGUUGAUUUCCGGGCUGAAAGCGGUGGAUCAGAGGAGGGAGAAAAGGGAAAUGGCGCUGGCAGAUUUGGUGGUUUCGAAGAUCCAGAUGGGUUUGUUGCACCAGGUGGUAGACCCGGCUUUGAUCCUCGAUGGGCAGCCGAUGGACGGCGUGGAGGCAGUGGCGGAACUGGCGUUCCGGUGUGUGGCGGCUGAUAAGGAUGAUAGACCGGAUGCUAGAGAGAUCGUGGGGGAACUCAAACGGAUCAAGAACCGUACACGUGUGCUGAGAUUGUCGUAUUCGAAUGGAAGCAAUGGUGAGGUGGCAAAGGAUGAUAAUAUAGGGAUGUUUGACGUCACGUGGGAUUAGGGGACCAUGUGCACAUGUGGGGUUUUGACCAGACAAUGAGUCAGAAAUGUUUACUCAAUUUUGCUUUCUUGAACUGUAGGUUUACAGUUCUUUUUAAUUACUCUCCAUCGGUAAAUUACUAAAUUUUGGCAAUGUACCAUUUUCAAUUUUUUAUUUUAUUUUUUAAUCAUUCAA